GGCGUUCGCCGGGCGUAGAGGAGCGAGGAGGAUUGCGAGGAGGAGAGGCGACGAGGAGAGGCGACGAGGAGAGGCGACGAGGAGAGGCGACGAGGAGAGAACGGGCCGACGCGCAGGAGGCGGAGGGCGGCGAGGCUCCCCGUUGGCUGCAAGCCACUAGGUUCCCAUGGCCAUGGAGGCCGGAGCAGACGCAGCACCCGGGGGCGGCCCACCGGCCCUCGCCAGCCCCCUGCAGCUCCAGCACCUGGAGCGCUGUCUGCGCCUGGAGCCCUUUCUGCACCAGGUGUCGGCAGUGCUCAACCGCACUUUCCCCGUCAGUGAUGAUGACAGCAAUGAGAGUGGCGAAGACUCAAAGGCGGGGCUUGCGGAGCGCCUGCUGCACAUCAAGCGGGAGGCAAGUCCCGAGGCUGAGGAUGCACGACCGUCCAUCAGGAUCACAGGGAGCAUGGCUCGCCGAGCAGCUGCCUUGAAAGUGGAGGAGGCCGGGGCCUUGACGCGGCUCGGCUGCAUCAAGCAGGAGGAGGAGGGCGGCGACCGCCACGGCAAGAGGGUGGCGGACAAGUUCCACUACGCACAGCCGGCCAAUGGCUUCCUGUCAGCAGAACUGAAGGCUGAGAAGGCGCAAUUGUACAACUUCAGUAAGCUGAAGAAAAGUCGGAAAUGGAUGAAGAGUAUUCUCCUGAGCGACUCCUCUGAGUCGGAGAACGACGGGGAGGAGGCCGCCUUCUCCCUCACGCAGGAGGAGCUGCACGACAUGCUGCGCCUCCACAAGUUCAGGAAGCUCCACCAGAGCCGCUUCCGCUCGCACAAGGAGCUGCAACAGUACCAGUUCUACAGCGCGGGGCUGCUGUCUUCGCUGGACCGCUACCACGAGGCGCACCGCCACUCCUCGGGGCCCAAGCGAAAGCGCCCCAAGGAGGAGCGCAAGCUCAAAGCCAUGAAGAAGAAAAUGAGAAAGCGGCGCCGCGAGGAGCAGCAGCAGCGCGGCUCCCCGGCGCCGUGGGAUGGGCGGCCGGUGGCACGCUUCUCCCAGGAGGGCACAGCGACGACAUCGUCGCGCCGCAAGCACCUCACUCUGGAGCAGCUGGGCCAGCGGCGGCGCCGCGCGUGGCUCACCGUCGCCAAGAAAGAUAUUCCCAAAGCCGCAAAACAAAAGUCGUCAGCCCAUAACAACAUUCUCACCAAUGCCAAAAAGUUGGCGCACCAGUGCAUGCGUGAGGUGCGGCGAGCUGCCAUCCAGACACAGAAGAACUGCAAGGAGACGCUACCGCGAGCGCGCCGCCUCACCAAGGAGAUGCUGCUCUACUGGAAGCGCUACGAGAAGGUGGAGAAGGAGCACCGACGGCGCGCCCACAAGGAGGCGCUGGAGCAGCGCAAGCUGGACGAGGAGAUGAGAGAGGCCAAGCGCCAGCAGCGGAAGCUAAACUUCCUGAUAACGCAGACGGAGCUGUACGCGCACUUCGUUGGCGGGAAGACGGCGAUGGACAUGGAGCAGGACGAGAUCCUGAGGAAGCUGGAGGACUCGACGCCCAGCAGGCCUAUCCAGCUGCCAGGGGGCGUCACGCUGGACCCCGCGCGCGACGAUUAUGACAGCGAAUUCUACAAGGCUCGGGCUCUACGCAAUGCUGAAGAAGCUUUCCAGGCCCAUCAGGCCAGGACGCAGCUCUUUGAUGACGAGGCGAGCGAGAGCCGGCUGGCGGCACUGCGCGCGGCCGACGCGUCGGGCACCGGCUUCGGGGAGAGUUACAGCCUCGCGAACCCCUCAAUCUUGGCCGGCGAGGACAUUCCCCAGCCCUCCUUCUUCUGCGGCAAGCUCAAGGCCUACCAGCUCAAGGGCAUGAACUGGCUGGCCAACCUCUACGAGCAGGGCAUCAACGGUAUCCUGGCUGAUGAGAUGGGCCUGGGGAAAACAGUGCAGAGCAUCGCGCUGCUCGCACAUCUGGCAGAGAGAGAAAAUAUCUGGGGCCCUUUCUUGGUCAUUUCCCCUGCCUCUACACUCAACAACUGGCACCAGGAAUUUACGCGCUUUACACCCAAGUUCAAGGUGCUGCCUUACUGGGGAAAUCCUCAUGACAGGAAGGUGAUCCGCAAGUUCUGGAGCCAGAAAACCCUGUUCACCCAGGACGCACCGUUCCACGUGGUGAUUACCAGCUACCAGCUGGUGGUGCAGGACGUCAAGUACUUCCAACGCGUUAAGUGGCAGUACAUGGUACUGGAUGAGGCACAGGCCCUCAAGAGCAGCACAAGUGUGCGGUGGAAGAUCCUGCUGCAGUUCCAGUGCCGGAACCGGCUGCUGUUGACUGGCACGCCAAUCCAGAACACCAUGGCGGAGCUCUGGGCCCUGCUGCACUUCAUCAUGCCCACACUGUUUGACUCUCACGAGGAGUUUAACGAGUGGUUUUCCAAGGACAUCGAGAGCCACGCCGAGAACAAGUCUGUAAUCGACGAGAACCAAUUGUCACGGCUGCACAUGAUCCUCAAGCCAUUCAUGCUGCGGCGCAUCAAGAAGGACGUGGAGAAUGAGCUCUCCGAUAAGAUCGAGGUGCUGGUCUACUGCCAUUUGAAUUCGAGGCAACGGCUCUUAUACCAGGGCCUCAAAAACAAGAUCUCCAUUGAGGAUCUGCUGCAGUCGUCCAUGGGCACCCAGCUCGCCCACACCACCACAAGCAGCCUCAUGAACCUAGUCAUGCAGUUCCGCAAGGUGUGCAACCACCCGGACCUUUUUGAGCGCCAGGAGACUCGCUCGCCCUUUUUCUUUCCGACGGAGGUGUACCCUGUGCCCAAGCUAGUGUACCGCGAGUGCCUCCCUGCCUCCUGCAAUCUCUACAAGCGCAAACUGCUGCUUUCCACCCUGUCUCCGUUCGCUGCUGAGCACAUCCACUCCUCGCUCUUCCACGCCAAAGGUGGCAGCAACAACAGUUCCUUCUCCUUCUUGCGCUUUGUGGACACCUCUCCUGCCGAGCUGUCUAACCUCAUGCUGCAGGGGCUGCUGGUCAGGUGGUUGGCCGUGUUCCUUGCCAUGAAGGCCUCGUACCGGCUGCAGUACGAGCAGGCUUGGCCAGAGGAGGUGGCUCGCGUGCCGUACCUGCAUUCGCGUGCGCUGCUGCUCUCUCCCCAGAGAGUUACCUCGAUGCCCGGUGUAAAAAGCAGCCCCGUGUUACAGGAGCUGGUGUUCACCGCUCACGCGAGCCACGUGCUGAGCCACGUGCGCCAGGCCGUGCGCUCGCGCCGGACGGCCUCCACCGUGCUGCGCGAAUGCCAGCGCUCGGACGUGCCCUCCUUCCUGCUCGGCUACCUCCCCAAGGUGGUGUCUGGGUUCCGGCAGUGGCACUGCGUGGACCGGAGCGCGGAGUUCGAGCGUCUGGAGGCUGGCGGGGCGGUGGAACAGCAGGCGCUGCUCUUCGGGAGUCCUGUCCGGGCGGUUCAGGCGCGGAGGCCUCACGACUCUUUCUUUCCGUCGCCGCUGGCCGGCCUGCACGCCAUCACGCCACUCCACGGCUGGUCCUUCAUCCGCAUUCCCGACAAAGAGACGCUGAUCACGGACAGCGGCAAGCUCUACGCGCUGGAUUGCCUGCUGUGCCGUCUCAAGAUGCAGGGCCACCGCGUCCUCAUCUACUCCCAGAUGACUCGCAUGAUCGACCUGCUGGAGGAGUACAUGGUGUACCGCAACCACACGUACAUCCGCCUUGACGGCUCCUCAAAGAUCUCCGAGCGCAGGGAUAUGGUGGCCGACUUCCAGACCAGAUCGGACAUCUUCGUGUUUCUGCUGAGCACGCGGGCGGGUGGCCUGGGCAUCAAUCUGACGGCCGCAGACACGGUGAUCUUCUACGACAGUGACUGGAACCCCACCGUGGACCAGCAGGCGAUGGACCGAGCUCACCGUCUGGGCCAGACCAAGCAGGUGACGGUGUACCGCCUCAUCUGCAAGGGCACCAUCGAGGAGCGCAUCCUGCAGCGCGCUAAGGAGAAGAGCGAGAUCCAGAAGAUGGUGAUCUCGGGCAGCAACUUCAAACCGGAUGCGUUGAAGCCCAAGGAGGUGGUCUCCCUGCUUCUGGACGACGAAGAGCUUGAGAAAAAGCUGCGGAUGCGUCAAGAAGAAAAGAAGCAGCAGGAGGAGGUGAGCCGCGCCAAGGAACGCAAGCGCAAGCGAGACAAGUACGCCGAGAAGCAGCAGGUCGGGGAAGGGUAUGGCAAGCGGAUGCGGCUGGAGAUCGGGGUGGCGCCCCCCUCGCUGCCAUCUGCCGACAACUCGAACACGUCAGCCGAGUGGGACGAGUGCUACGUGAGCGUCGACUCGGCGCAGCCCAGCCCCUACAGCGAGAUGUCCCUGGGCAGCGAGCUGCAACCAGGCUCCAUCCCUCUGGACGAGAGCAGCAACGACAUGCUGGUGAUCGUGGAUGAUGGCGCGCCGGCCAGCCACUGCAGCACGCCCACACGGAGCGUGGCGGCGGACCAGCCUCUCGAGAAUGCGGGGAGAGGCCUCCCCAAGGGCCGAGGGCUGGCGCGGAGCCGCGGAGGCCGCUCUCGGCAGAGCGAGGCGCCGACCACCACCACCGUCGCUGCCAUCGGCGCCGCCUUCGCCGCCGCCACAGCGGGGCCCACCCGGGGCCGAGGCCGCAAGUCGACGACGGGCAGCGCGGCGGCCAUGGCAGGGGCCAUGGCAGGGGCGGCGGCCGCCUCUGCGGCAGCUUACGCGGCAUACGGCUACAGCGUGAGCAAGGAUACCAACGGAAGCCCCCGGCAGGCCCCUCUGGUUCCCCCACCCACCUCCGCGACUGGGUUUGGUGGCUCCACAUCCUCCCAAGGCACGACCGGCUUCAGCAACCCCUCCUCGCUGGCUGCUCUCGGGCGAGCUGCUGGCAAGCUACCUCCCACGAUCCGCAAGUCUCUGCAGCAGCAGCAGCAGUUUUUGUCUCACGGAGGCCGCAGGCACGGAAAAAAUCCUGCCAACACCUCAGCCAACCCAUAGAGAAAAUACAAAACGUUUCGGUGCCAGACGAAGACUGUUCCAAUAAAACGAGAACGCAGGUGGCGACAAUGGGGGUCUAGGCAGCAGCAAUGCCAUUGUUUGGUUUGUGAUGAGUGUUGACUGCAGCUGGCCCAGCUUUGGGGGGGCGGGGGGGGGGGGUACGCUGGCUGGAGCGGGAGAGGUAACGCGCCGCCUUCUACUCAUCCCGUUGUUCGGCAAGUGACCGACAAACUUUACUCCUGCCCUCUGCAACAACUGCAAGAGGGGGCCCCGUGCGUAACGACGCAGAGGGGCUGACCACCUCUCACACCCAGACGACGGGAAGGUGCCACGUGAGCACCAAAGCCCACCCUAGUGCAACGGGGACCCCCUCCGCUGCUUCCCCCACCACUUGCAAAAGCUCGGCUGUUUGAUCUCGGGUGGCAAACCGCACGGCCCACACAUCCUGCAAGUUUGGUCGUUGGGCAAUGUGACAGUCCCCACGUGUUCCUGUAAGAAACUGACAAUACACAAACUGACCAACACGUACGUUCCUUUUUAAAUAGAUAUAACCCGUUGGUUUGAUUAUGGCUGCUCCGUUUCGUUAACACACAGUAGUGUGCAUGUGUUUUGGUGUGCGUGCACUCGCGCUUGGUGAUGUCGGGGAAGAGGGGCGCGCUGCACACGGCCCCGGCUCGGCUCUGUGCUGGGUCUGCCGCUGGGAAGGUCCGUGUGCGUUACACGGAGUUACACGCGGAUCAUGCUUGGACGUCAAAGCAAAAAGGCUUUAUUAAAAUAACGUUCUCGCAGACACAGGGUUGAGGAAAGGCCCACAUUUUGAAGGGCUUUAUUUUUUUAGCUGUAAUUACAUAUAAUAUAAAUGCAAUUUGUAACAAUGGGACAAUUGUAUAAAAAGCUUUGCCAGUGAGCCACUGUUGCUUAUAAAGUAUGAAAUAAAUCUCUAAUAUUA